GGUUAGUGGUAGCAUGCACGAUAGGCUAAAGACAAAGGGGCAAUAGGUAGGAGCCAAGCCGCGCCCGAGCGCGCGAAUGAACGAUUCAAUGUUCAGCGUAACCGUUCCGAGGAACCUGAUCUUUCUCUAAUCCCUCUUGUGGUGCGUGUGUGUGUCUCUCUCAAAACACCUGGCCAUUAGCCAAUCGGAUUAUCCAAAACCAAGGUAAACCUAUUUCUCUCUCUCUGUCGCUCGCUCGCUUCCUCGCCUGCUGUCGUUUGUGCUUUAGCACUAUUAGCCUUCACGACGGCGGAUUAGCUAGGGCUCUGGAGACCACGGACAUUCAUUCAGUCUUUCAAGGUUACCAUAUGGAGGGAAGGUGUUUGUUAUCUUUGAUCAAUAUGUUGUUAUAAUCUUCCACUGAGGAUUUGUCAACAUCUUCUGUCAAUGGCGGCUGAUCACCGAAGAAAAAGGCUUAAUGGUUCCAGCAUUGCAGGUUGCAGUUCUUGGGAGCAAUACAAAAACAAGAAGAAAAAAUUGGAAUCACCAAAAAACAAGUUAAAUGUAAAGUCUCAUAUUUCUCUGGAGUGGGAUGGCAACCGUAAAAAGGUUGUUGCCAAAAGGGAACAAAUUGGCUUAAGUCAGAAUGAUUUGAGGGCAUUUGUUGAUCCUGCUCCUCAACAUCACAAUAUCUUGGCAGAUGUUCUUGCUAUUCCUCAAGAAAUUUUUGAGGUGGAUAAUUUGAAUGAGGUGCUUUCAUAUGAGGUUUGGCAGAACGAUUUGUCAGAAAAUGAGAGAGAAUAUCUUAUGCAGUUUCUACCAAAAGGGUCAGAUGCAGAAGAAGUUGUGCAAGCAUUGCUUGCUGGGGACAACUUUCAUUUUGGAAAUCCUUUUGUCAAAUGGGGUGAUUCACUUUGUUCAGGAAAUCUUCACCCUGAUGCUGUUAUUCAUCAGCAGCUGUGCAUAAAGUCUAAUAAGAAAGCAUACUACUCUGAGAUACAGAAGUACCAUAAUGGUAUGAUAAAAUAUUUGCAGAAGCUGAAGGAGACUUGGGAAAGCAGUAAGGAUCCUGAAAAGGAAGUUUUGCAGAAGAUAAGGAGUAGGUCAACAAGGGAUGCAGACAGAAGAGUUUCCUCAAAUGCAAAUGAGUCAAGAUUUUGUGAACUUGAGGAUGAUGCUGUGGCUACAUCUGAAUCUUGCUCUUUGAUUGCAGAGGAGAAAGCAAGCAGCAGUGACAAUCAAAACUCUUCAGUGAUGAAGGGUGGAGAGCUUGAGAGAAGGACUCAUGAAAAAGGCUUCAUGAAGGAUAAAAGUAGAAAGCUGUUGGUUGCUUCGGAUGAUGCUAAACCCAGAAAAGGAGAAAGGCUACACAAGCAUAAUAUCCACCACACAGAUGGUGUCAAAUACAUGUCAUAUUUAAAGAUAACCAAGAAGCAGCACCAACUUGUUAAGAAUAUGAAGCAGUCUGGUAAAAGCAUUCAGUAUAAGUCUCUUAACCGUGUGUUAGGUAACCUUGACACACUGCUUGUGCAACCAUAUGAAGAAUUUGUGAAGGAGGAACAAAAGAAGUUGCAGGAGCAUUGGUUACAAGUAGCAAAUAAAGAUCUUCCUAUAGCAUAUGAAAACUGGAGACAAAGACAGUUACAAAGGCGUGAAAUCACAAAAUCAUUGGAACAAGACUUGAAAGACAAGCAAGAAUCUAUAGUGGAGGAAGAGGAGGGAGUGAACCAUGAGAUUUUUCUUCAGGAUCUAAAUGAUCAAGGAGCAAGAAAACAUGAAUACAGAGUGGAGGAUGAGGAAGAAUUGAACUGUUUUCAGGAUCAAAAUGAUCUAGAAGCAUGGCAACAUGAAUACAAUAAGCAGGAUGAGGAGGAAUUGAAUGAUGAGAAUGUUGUUGGCUAUCAGAAUGAUCAAGGAGCAAGAGAAUAUGAAGCCAUUCUGGAGGACGAGGAAAAAGAGAGCCAGGAUAGAGUUCUGCUUGAGGAUCAGAAUGGAAUAAGAAACCAAGAGUCUUAUGUGGAAGAUAAUGAACUUUCUGGUUCUGGCUCUCCAGAGUAUCAGUCUCCACAGCAGAUUUCUUCCCAAAGUGGUGGCCAUGAGCUUAACCCCAUAGAUAUGGAUUCAGAAGGUAAUCAUGCAGCAUCCAAAUCAGUUGAUGCUUCUCCAAAUGCAUCUGAGUACUUGGGUAAUGCAAACGAUGCAGAUGCUUCCAUUAGCCAGGGGGGUCCCAUCUCUUCCAGUGGAGAUGCUUGGCCAGCAGUUAGCAUGCCACACUCAUUUUAUGAUUCAACUGCAAACCAUGAAUACACAUCUAAUAGUGAGUUUUCACUCCCACAUCCAGUUAAUGAAACCCAACGGCCCCAGUUGAUUGAUUUGGAAUCUGAUGUGCAUGAAAAUGACACUGGUAAAGAUUUGUUGCCCAGACAAUGCGAUGAUGGUUCCUUCAGUUACCCAAGCCAUGACCGAAGUGGGUUGCUUCAGUCUCUGAUCAAGGGACAGGAAAUGCUACCCUACCAUCAUAAACAAAAACAAAUGCGGUUAGAUUUCCAAUCACCGAAUAAUGUUUUGAUUGAAGGUGGUCAUUUUGCUGGGAAUAUCCAAAGGCAGCUUCAGCCGUCGCUGCCAUUGGAGCAGGGGCUAAAAAGACAUUGUGAGAAUUACAUGCAACAAUCUAUGUCAGAGGACAUUUACUCUGAAGGAAGUCCAUACUUAAUUCCGAGACAAGGACAUGUACCCCCAGUCAAUCUACAAGACUGGCCUGUUAAUUCUGUUCGCAUGCCAGCACGGCUCCAAUCUCAUUUGAAUAAUGAUGUAUUGUUAACUCAGAACUGGUAUUCUGGGGAGCAUCCAGUUCGAAGUGGCUGGAAUAGUACAGGUAGUGUAAGUGUCCCAGGCCAGAGCAUUGGAUGUAAUACAGACCAGACCUUAUUUAGCGUUCUAUCUCAGUGUAACCAAUUGCGCACUGGUAACCAUUUUGAUUCAAUGGGUCCUGCUGAGCAGUUCAUGUUGCCAAGGAACUAUGAGAUGGCAAGUGGUGUUGCUCCUAGGGUAGGUAAUUCUUUACCACAAACAGCCCAUCCGCUUGACUACUUUAGUGGGCGAGAUACAGCUAGUUCUGUGAUGCCUGAUGAUAUAGGUUGGAUGACGACCUUGUCUCAGAGUUCAGGCUUACAUGAUCCGGUGGGGAAACCGUACCUGAGGUCAUGGAAUCAAUAAGAACAUCUUCACCGGGUGAGUUAAAUUUAUGAUCUAGGUUGGAAGAUUUUAUGGCAAUAAAAGUCAAAUACAAGAUGCAUAUCACAGGAUAUGAUGACUAGUUAUCCAUCAGAGAAAUAGUCUGGUGAGAUAACUGCAGAUUUGUAGCAGUGCUGGUGAAUGACAGAAAUAGGAUUGUGUACAUACCUUAUACAAGAGCCAACUGAAAUCUCAUGUAUAUAUGCAGCAGAUGUUAGAUGGGGAGGUGCGGUGCAGGCAAAGAUAAGGGGAGGAUAAAAAAAAAAAGAUUCUAAUAUCUCUAUUUGGUAGUUGGAUUAUAAAUUACAUUUUUGUUUCCAGUGGCA